CCCGCCUGCGCCGCCAAGCAGCUCCGCCUCACCGUGGCCGAGCUGAAGAAGCAGCUGGCGGCGGCGCACGACCGCACCCGGCAACUGGAGACCAGCCUGGACGAGAUUCGCCAGAAGCUGCCCCACAUGUCGGCCGAGGCCGAUCGAGCCUACAUGGAGCUCCAGGCUCGGCUGAAGGUGGCGCAGCAGGCCGUCACGCAGGCGGAGGCGCAGCAGAACGAGCAUCAGAAGCGCAGCCAGCAGCUGCUGCUGAAGCUGGCCGCCGAAGCACGACGGCUGCGCGAGAGUGAGCAGCUGGUGCAGCGGCUGCGCCAGGAGAACAGGUCUCUGCUGUCCAACCGGAUGGAGUGGGAGCGCACGUCGAGCAAGCUGCAGGCGGCGCUGCACGAGACCAUGCAGCUGACGGCGCGGCUGCAGGCGGCGCGCGCCGAGCUCGAGGCGGAGCGCAAGCUCACCACACAGAUGCGCCGCCGCCUCGACCAGGUCGACUGCGACAUGAAGUCGCAGCUGGACGCGGUGGUGACGGAGCUGCACCAGCUGAAGCAGUCGUCGGGCCCCGCCGUUGACUGGCCCCGCAAGUAUGAGGUGCUGCUCGACAGAUGCCAGGAGUGGCAGGAGGAGUGUCUCGCGCGCCAGAAGGACUGUCUCAGCAUGGAGCAGAAACUCGGCCUGUUCACCAGACAGGACGCCAACGCCCUGGAGAAGCUGGCGGAGCCGCCGCCGCCGACCAAGCAGACGCCGCCCGGGCCGCCGGCGCGCGCCCGCUCCGUACCGCAGAUGCCGGCACCGGGCGCGCGCGGCGUCCCCUGGAGCUCGGCCGACACCAGCUCCGGCUCCAUCGUCACCGCUGAUGGGUGA